AUGGUGGUGACGACAACGGCGAAUGACGUGGCGUAUGGUGAUUGGAGCGAGACGAAGACGUGCGUGGUGCUUGGAGGCCGAGGAUUCAUAAGGAGAUCGCUCGUCACCAGGCUGCUGCAAUUGGUAGGCUGGAUCGUCCGAGUUGCCGAUUCAUCUUCUCACUCGCUGUAGCUCGAUCCUUCCUCAGCUUCCGACUCUCUCCUCUCCGAUGCUCUCUGCUCUGGUCAAGCCUCCUUUUGCCACGUCGACGUCCGCGAUACAUUAAAUUGUUCAUAUAUAUAUAAACUAACUAAAGGUGCAGAUGUUGCUUUUUACAUGGAACCGACAGAUUUAGUCACACAUGAUUUCUAUAAUUGCUAUAUGGUCAUAAUUCAAGGUACAAAAAAUGUCAUUAAUGCAUGUCAAGAAUGUAAAGUUAGACGACUUGUAUACAACAGUUCUGCAGAUGUUGUUUUUGAUGGUUUACAAGAUAUACUAAAUGGUAAUGAAGCCUUGGCUUGCCCGGGGAAAUUUCAGGAUAUGCUGAUUGACCUCAAGUUUCAAGCAGAAGGACUAAUCAGGUUAGCUAACAAUAUUGAUGGUCUUCUAACAUGUGUACUUCGCCCUAGCAAUGUCUUUGGACCUGGUGACACACAGUUCGUGCCUUUGCUAGUGAAUCUAGCCAAAUCUGGUUUGGGAAAGUUUAUUACAGGAAGUAGUGAAAAUAUGUCUGACUUCACCUAUCCAGAGAAUGUUGCUCAUGCUCAUAUAUGUGCAGCCGAAACUCUAGAUUCUCGGAUAGUCUCUGUGGCUGGAAAGGUACUCCUUAAGAGUUUUUUCAUCACAAAUCUCAAGCCUGUAAUGUUCUGGGAAUUUUUGUCACUCAUACUUGAAGGCUUAGGGUAUCAAAGACCAUUCAUAAAAGUUCCUACCUGGAUGGUUUCCUUUAUUCUCUCGCUUUGUCAAUGUAUGCAUGACAAAUUGUGCUUCAGAAUACAUAAAUAUUCCACGUCACCUCACUACAUUGUGCAACUAGCUUCACGUACCAGAACUUUUGACUGCUCUGCAGCUCAAAUGCAUCUCGGAUACUCACCUAUUGUCUCCCUAGAAGAUGGUAUCAAGUCAACUGUUGAAUCAUUCUCUCAUUUAGCCAAAGACUCAUCUUUUUUGAGAUACAGCAAUUUUAAUGAACAAUCCAAAGCAAAGAAGCUGCUAGGCAGCGGGAUAGUUGCAGAUGUCUUGCUAUGGAGAGAUGAAAAGAGAACAUUUACAUGCUUUCUUACUCUGACUUCGGUAUUUUACUGGUUCUUUCUCUGUGGAAGAACUUUUACCUCGUCUGCAGCCAAGCUUCUGCAGCUAGUUACGGUGGUAAUUAUAUGCCUUGGUUGUUUUGUAGCAUUUCAUUGGGCCUUCCUACAGCUUCUUGAAUUUUCUGUAGUUGGCCCAUUUUUACACAUUGAUUCUAUCUGGAAUUUGAAGCAACCUGUUGAAUUUUGUAAUUUUUUGAAAUAUAAUUUUCAAACAACCGUGCAAGCGCACGCACAUGCACAUAUGCACAUGCAUCUCUGUCUCAAAUAUGAUGCCCUUUGCAACAGAUGUGGUUUUGCUGUUCGAAGGAUAUCUUCGUAUUGUUUUGAAAUCCCAGCAUCCUCCGUGAAAAAUUCAAUCAGAUCCAUAGCAUAUAUGUGGAAUAGAGGAGUUCGUAACAUCAGAUUGUUGGCCGAGGGGGAGGAUUGGAGCAAGUUUUUCAAGGUUGCGGUUUUUCUUUAUUUCGUCAAGUUCGUUCUGUCUUAUUCCUUCGCUGUGCUUAUUGGCAUUGCUUUGGUUUUUGCCUUCACCGCAUUCUUUGCUUAUGAACAAUAUGAAUCAGAGCUUGAUGGAUUAGGGAAGGUUCUGUUCUGUGGUAUCAUGGAAUCAAAAGGAUUGCUAACGAGGACCCUACCGGCUUCUAUCGCAUCAUUUCUUCAAAACCACAACAUUUUGCAUCAAGAAAAAGCUCCUGCUGCUGUAAAGGAGUUGAAAUAGCCGGAUGGAGCUCUCGGAGUAUUUUAGUUUUCAUUGCUGAUCGACUAUCCUGGUUAGGCUUUCAUCAGACUAGAAAUUGUUUUCCUAGCAAAAUAGAGAACUAGAUAGGGUCAGUAGUUUAAUUGAACAACUUAA